CGCGGGAGCAAGUGCGCAAGCGCACACUGCGACGCCGGCCUUCUGUCGGCUCAGCAGCGGAGAUUUGGGGUCCGUGUGAUCUGUCCCGGUCCGAGCGGAGCGGACGCCGGCUUCCCCGCGCGGGUUCCGCCCCGAGUCGCCGCGCCGGGCUGGGCCGAGGCGGCGCCUGGCGAGCGGCUGCUUCCUGGAGGCCUCGCCUAAGCCCAGCUGGCCUGUCGGCGGCGGGGCUGCCAGAUCCCUGCCCAGCGGGCGGAGAGCCAGGUCCGGAGGAGGGGCCGAGGGCGGUGUUCCACCGGUUCCAGGACACGUGAUUAUUAAUAUUUGGGGACCACGGCAGCCCCAUUCACCUGGUAGACUCUUCACUACAUGUGGGAUUAGAGCUGCCAGGUGAUCGCGACCAUGGCGAUGAACCUCCUGGAGGACUGGUGCCGGGGGAUGGAAGUGGACAUCCACAGGUCCCUCUUGGUCACGGGUAUCCCGGAAGACUGUGGCCAAGCGGAAAUUGAGGAGACCUUGAAUGGAGUGCUCUCCCCGCUGGGCCCGUACCUCGUGCUCAACAAGAUUUUUUUGAGGGAAGAGAAUGCCAAAGCCGCCCUAAUUGAGGUCGGGGAGGGUGUGAAUCUGAGGGCCAUACCCCGUGAAUUUCCCGGAAGGGGUGGUGUUUGGAAAGUGGUCUGCAGAGACCCCACCCAAGAUGCAGAGUUUUUAAAAAACCUGAAUGAAUUCCUGGAUGCGGAGGGGCGCACCUGGGAGGAUGUGGUCCGCCUUCUGCAGCUCAGCCGCCCCCCACAGUCCCAGAACCAGAAUCUGCCCCCAGAGAACUGGGCAGAAGCUUUGGGGGUCCUCCUGGGGGCAGUGGUACAAAUCAUAUUCUAUAUGGAUGCUGAGAUCUGCAGCCGGGAGGAAGCUAGGGCUCAGGAGGCCGCUGAGGCCCAGGCCGUGGCAGCCUCUGCUUCAGCAGCAGGGAGGAAGGUCAAAAAGGAACCAGGGCGGGCUGCCCAGGCAGUCUCUGCCUUGAAGAUGGAGAACCCGAACAGCUGGAAUGACAUGGAGGAUGAAGGUGACCCUCCCAAACCUUUGGUUCGUAAGGCUGGAGUUAAGACGCACUUCAGGAGAAAGAAGCAGAAAAAAAACCCCAAGCAGGAACCAGUGUCCUGGAAGAAACCCAAAGGGCAUCAUUCCAACAGCUUGGCCUCCUUAGAAGAUCCUGAGGCUAAUGUUGGUGAAAAUAUGGACAUCUCAGAAUAUAUCAGGAGCAACAGAAAACCCUGUGUGAAGCAGGAGGAGUCAGCUUUGAAGAAGCCAGUGGAGAAAUGUGCCUGGAAGUCUCCCAGAAAUGCACCUCAGGAUGCCAGGUCAGAAGCUGUGGGCACUGGAGUUGCCUCUGAGUCAGACCAAGAUGGUGGUCAGGACAGCCCACCAAAGAAGCAGGCCAUGGGCUGGGCCUCGGCAAAGAGCCCGGCCCCCAUGAGGAAGAAAAAGAAGGUCAGCUUGGGCCCUGUCUCUUAUGUCCUUGUCGAUGUGGAAGAUGCCAAGAAGAAACCAUUGAUUCCAAAGACAGGGCCAGGCUCGAGAAGGGGUGUGCUGGUUCAGAAGGUCCCGCGAGGCCCUCAGCCUACUGAGUUGCCAGCUUCAACAUCACAGCGUGCAGUGGCCAAGCUGGAAGGCUCUCCUCAUGAACCCAGGAAGCUUUGAGUUGGGGGACCACCCGAACCCAAGGAGUUGAAAGAAGACCAAGGAAGAAGUUCCAAGUUGGGAACAAAGUUUUCUCUUGUCGUUGAAUGAACCAAGACUUUUGACUCUUUUAGGGACCCACUUUGUAGAGUAUCUGGUUCUCAGAGGUAAAUGCUACAUGAGAUCUUGGGUAGGAGGAAUUAAGGGAGGGAGGCAUAUGUAUCCUGAUGCUUUUUUUUUCUGCCAGGCGUGCUUUCUUACCUCCUCCUAGACCUGCCUUCCUUGCUCCUCCUGUUAGUCUUCAACUAACAUCCUCCAGUUAUCUAACCAGAGGGUGGUAAGGUCCCAAGAGUUAGUUGUGCGGAAGAAGAAUAUCUUUGAAGUAUACGAGUUUUAGGUUCUGUUAAUAAAAAUGGUCCUUGGAUUCCUAUUUGAGGUAAAAUCCUUUCAGGAACCUGCAGGAAAGAGGGAUGAUUGCUAGAGAAGGACUCAGGCUGUCCCGGCUUCCCUGCUCUGAUGCCACCCAAAGCCACCAAACUCUCAACACCUUUGAAGCUGAAGACACUUCUCACAUUAUAGUAAAAGGGAGAACAUUCUAAAAAAUUGGCUGUCAAUUUCUGCCCUCUGAAUAGACCAGAAUACCAUGUCUCCUGUGUGCGCGUGUGUAGGCGGAGGCACAGGAUAUCUGAGGUCAUUGGUAUCCAAACUAUCCCAGAGAGGCCCAAGGCGUGCUCAAAGACGUAACCUGAAUCUAUUUUUUCUCAUGUAUUAAAAGAAAAACAACAACACUGAAAAAUGAUUACUUGAAUAUGUUGUAAGCCAAACCAAUCACAUCAGAGACUAUCAAAAUAUUACUUGGUGUUUAUAAGUUAACUUGUUUCUGUACAGGUCUCAAAAGAAUUGCUUCUGCCACCUAUUUGCAUAUAAAUGAAUUCCUUUUAAAUGUGACUGAUGAGAAAGGCGAGAAGUGGGAGAAAUUCAGUAUGGUGCAUGCACUGUAAUGGAACACUUUGUAAUUCACAUGCUCUUGUCAGGCUGUGAUUUUCAAUUGUGAUAGCAAGUAACUGUGUUAACAUGGCGCACAGUAAUAAUAUUCUGUCAGAGAGAGGUUUAGCCCUUUAUGUUUUCAGUCUCUCUUCUGACUUCCGUUUUUGUGAUAAAGAAUGUGAACAGUUGUUAGAUGUUGUUAGUGAUUCAACUUUAAGAACAAAGCUCUUGUGACAAUUCCUUUUGAAAUCCUGGGUGAGUUUUAACCGAAGAUGCAGAAAAAAAGAACACAGUUUCCAUUUUCAGCUUUUCUUUUGUGUGCACCAUGGUUUUCCUGGAUGUGAGCAAAAUAGAACACAGGAGUGAACUGGACUCUCAAGGUGAUGAAAGCCUGCAGCUCACCAGCGCCUGGUUUCAAAACCAGGUUCGUUAUAAUGGGCUUCAUUGUGUUAACCAAUUGACAUAAUGAUUAGUAAUUGUCAAUGUAUAUGUCAUGAAAUAAAGGUUAGCAAAUUAAAUGUCCAUUGAGUCUCUUAUAGGUGGAGGUGGAAUGGGCUAUUUAAUUUGAGAAAAGGGUUCCUCCGCUGAACAAUACACACUGUCCUAGACUCCCAGCCAGGUGUGAGCUAUUGUCAGACUUGCGUUUAAGCUUCGAGGAUUGUCCAUUUUCCAUGAGAGAAAAAGCCAUUGAGAUGCCUGUCCUCUUUGCUAUAUGACUGUCCACCAAUGUGAAACGAUCUCCCACAGAUGUUGGCAUUUCUAGAAGCUUCUAGACCAAGUAACUGGUGAUGUGAAUUUUCUGAAAAUGUGGUUUAUUUUUAAAGGUAGCUGGAUGAUGGAAACCCUUGCCAUCCCUCCCCUCAGACAGAAGCUGAGGUCUUUCAGCUAAAAACGUAAUUUUCUUGUGCCCAACCCCCACCCCUGCUAGGAACUCCUGAACUAGGGUGGCCACUUCAUCAGAGUCACCUGGGGUCUUUGUUAAAAAUGCUAUUUCUUGGCCCCACCUGCUGAGUCGGUAUCCCUUGGGGAUUGUAUCUACUGAAAAACUGUAUUUUAAACAAUUUCUCCUGAGAAAUUAUUCCAGAUAGAAUAAUUCACACGUGAGGAAGGGAGAUGCUCAAGAGACAAAAGGGAAGCUGGACUUUAAGGACUGGGAGCUAACUGGUUGGGUAUUGGAGACACGCUUGGAAAGACCCGGUGGAAGGCUUGCUGAUUGGGGCCUUUCCCCCUGCCCCCUCUGUGGGAAACGCCAUAUUUGGCCAAGAUGUUUAAGUACCUCCCACAAUACUGUCACUCCCUCUAGUUACACCCACUCCAUCAUCAGUAAAGUGUGAAAGGCUCCCACAGCCCCACGUGGGGGGAAAGCCAACAAUGGGACCAGGUCUGGUACGGUUCUGCCCACGCCAUACUUUUUAGUGAACAAACUGUACUGCAAAAAAAACCUGUAAUGAUUUAUUGAAUAUUUUUAAAAGGAAUAAAUACAUUGAUAUCCGAUAUUAA